AUGAGCACAAUUUUAGCACAAAUUGAAUCCCAAAUGAACUCAAGACCUCUACUGCCACUUUCGGAAGACCCCAACGAUCUAGCUGCAUUAACACCGGCCCAUUUUCUCAUCGGUACCACUAUGAACGCCCUGCCCGACCCAGACCUACGCCAGGUUCCAAUGAAUCGUUUGGACCAUUAUCAGAAGCUGCAAGCGUACACUCAAAACUUUUGGGAACAUUGGAAGCGGGAAUAUCUGCAGGAACUGCAGAUAGACACAAAAGGAUACAGCCGAAACGACGAAAUUCAACUCGGAAGAAUGGUAAUUGUUGUGGACGAACUACAAGCACCGAUCCGAUGGCCGUUCGCUCGCAUCGUCAGUGUUCACCCAGGAAAGGAUAGCAUCACCCGUGUAAUUACACUGCGAACGGCAAAGGGAAUAAUCAAGCGUCCGACGGCAAAGAUCUGUUUGUUGCCGUACACCUCACCAGUAUCCGAUGAGGAAUCCACUACUGCAGCGUCCAUCAACCCUCAACCGGACCGGCAAGUGUCACUGGGCACUCCAUAA